AUGUCCGGUCGACGCACAUCCACGCUCCAACCCAAGGUCCAUGUCUACGUCCAGAAUCGUAACAACCGCAGCGAGACCUUCAUCGGCGCGCUGGAUGCGACCAACCUUCGUCACUUCUCGUAUACCGCUCGCAGGCAGAUCAACACCAACAACGAUCUAAUCCUCGGCUACCGUAAAUGCAAUCCUCUCCACGCUCGUACUAUCUGCACUUGGAUGGAAAACAACGACAUCAACGACCCGAGUCCAUUGCCGCUUGAAGCCGUGGGCUACAUAACGUUCAGAGACAUGAUCGACUUCUACGCGACCUUGUAAGCUUCCCACUUCCCUCUUGCCGGAUGAAUGAAGUCAGCUAACGAAUCGUGCAGAUCAUGCUUUGACCUCGACUACAAGCUUCGGUACCUCAAUCGCAACAUUCGUGGCUGGAUUCUAGACUACAUCAAGAAAGAGCCGCUUACGAAGAAUGAGUUCCGCAGCAUCGCCGACGAUUGCUAUGACGGGGACUUACGCAAGGAGGCGAUGAAGCAGACGAUACUUUGGUCUUGGUCGGGGACCGGAGUGCCCGAGUUACAGAACAUCAUCGCGUUCUGCAAGACUCGUGGCUACUACCGUGAGAUGCUCGCAUUGAAGCGGAGGCUACGGAGCAAGACAGAUAAAGAGAAGGGUCGACAUCAGGUCUUGGAGAGGUUGAUCGACGAGUCCGAGGGAACUACGGUCCCCCACUUGCGGAAGACAAAGAGUCUUCCGGACAUGGGCUUGCGUGAGAAGCAGGACAAUCGCAUUUGGGUAUUCCCAGCUAAAGAGGUAUAA